GAGCUGUGACGUCUCGCGAGAGCAAGCGAGUGUCAGUCGGCCGCAAACAGCGGUCUCAAACGCGUCGUCAGCCAGGAAGUCGACAUGGACGUCCAGCCCCCCGCGUCCCUGCGCUCGCCGCUGCGGCUGCCGCACAAGGCCCUCAUGGGCGCGGGCCCGGCCAACGCACCGCCCCGCGUGCUGCACGCCGCGGCCCAGCCCCUCGUCGGCCACAUGCACCCCGAGGCCUUCCGGGUCAUGGACGAGAUCAAGGAGGGCCUCCAGUACGCCUUCCAGACCACGAACCCCGUCACCGUCUGCCUGUCCUGCGCGGGUCACGGCGGCAUGGAGGCCGCCCUCAGCAACCUGCUCGAGCCAGGGGACGUCGCCGUCGUGCCCCUCAACGGCCACUGGGGGGCGCGCGCCAGCGACAUGAUCACCAGACACGGCGCGCGCGUGGUGCCGCUGGAGCUGCCGCUCGGACAGCCAGUGACCCUGGAGGCUGCCGAGGAAGUCGUGUCCAAGCACAGACCACGCCUCCUGUUCCUGGUGCAGGCCGAGUCCUCCACGACCACGUUACAGCCGCUUGAAGGCUUCGGGCCAAUGUGCCACAAAUACGGGACCCUGCUCGUCGUGGACGCGGUGGCCUCCCUGGGCGGUUACCCUCUCUGGACGGACCGCUGGGAGCUGGACGUGGUCUACACCGGCUCGCAGAAGGUGCUCAACGCGCCGCCCGGCCUCUCGCCCAUCACGUUCAGCCCGCGAGCCAUGGAACGCGUUGCUUCUCGACGAAAGCCGUGCGAUGUUUACUACUGGGACAUUAUGCAGCUCGGCGACUACUGGGGGUGCUUCGGCAACCCGCGAAAAUACCAUCACACGGGGCCGAUCACCUUGUUCUACGCGCUGCGCGAGGCCCUCGCCAUCCUCGCGUCCGAGGGUCUGACGGCGUCCUGGAGGCGGCACGAACAGGCUGCCCUACGGCUCCGCGCCGCCCUGGAGCGACUCGGCGCCAAGCUGUUCAUCGAGGAUCCCAGGCACCGGGUCCACACUCUCACUGGCUUCACUCUCCCCCGGAACGUGGACCCCGUGGCUGUCACCAGGACGGCGAUGAUCAGGCACGGGGUGGAGCUGGGCCCGGGGCUGGGACCCACCGCGGGCCGCAUCAUGCGCGUGGGGCUGAUGGGGGUGAACGCCGAAGCGUGGGCCGUGGACAACGUCAUUAGCGUGCUGGAGGACUGCGUCAAGAACCCCAUCCCAAACAGCAGUCUGUGAACGAUUGUGGGAAACAACUUAAUGCCAAAUAAGUAUCGAUACUUUAUUUAAGUUUUGUUUGAAUUUACAUAUAAUUUACAAAAUUCAAUUAAAUACACUCUUUACAAACUCGA